ACUCUGCUCUUUUCUAACCAUCACUGUGUUCUUUCUCUCCACAGUUAAACUCAGAUAUUUAGAAGCAAGAGAGAGGAGGUGGAAUGAGAGAUAAAUAAAAAAACGCGCAGCCCAGCGCCCCAACUAUGGCUCCAACGACGCUCGUCGGGAAGCUCGCCCAGUCUGCCUCACAGGAGCGGGCUGUAGUGCAGGAUGAGAGGUCUGCUGUGCUCCACCGAGUGUGAGACCAGGAGGAAAUAUCACCUGACAGGCGGCCCUCCCCUCGGGGGACAGAAACAGACACCCUCGCGCCUCUCAACCUGGAAACUGGAGGCUGGAAACGGCCCAGAUCUGCCGUGCGUACAGUGCGCCUCCUCUUCCCAGAGCUCUCCUCUGUUCACUUUCAUUCCUGGAGAGUCCACCGUCUCCUCUGAGCAACUUGGGGAAACUUUGCCCCCUGGAUUACUGCCACUGAACCUGUGAGCGUCGGGUCUCCAUGCCGGGAGCGCAGUGAGCAUCGCGCGCUCGGCUGCGGGAGGACUGGAAACACAGCUCCGGUGUGCUAUCAUUAAAAGUCCUGCAAAGUCUCUCAAAGUCCAGGGGCGAAGAUGCCGGUCCGGAGGGGCCAUGUGGCUCCGCAGAACACCUUCCUGGACACCAUCAUCAGGAAAUUCGACAGUCAAAGUCGCAAGUUCAUCAUCGCCAAUGCACGAGUGGAGAACUGCGCCAUCAUCUUCUGCAACGAUGGCUUCUGCCACAUGUGUGGUUUCUCCCGUGCUGAAAUCAUGCAGCAGCCGUGCACGUGUAACUUCCUGUACGGACCUGACACCAAGCGGCUGGCCAUCGCCCAAAUGGCUCAAGCCCUGCUGGGAUCAGAGGAGAGGAAAGUGGAGAUCAACCUCUACCGCAAAGAUGGUCAGUGCUUCCUGUGUAUGGUGGACGUGGUGCCAGUGAAGAAUGAAGAUGGCCUGGUGAUCAUGUUCAUACUCAACUUUGAGGGAAUGUCAGACGAAUCAAACCAAGACCACAGACAGGAGCUCAACCACCGCCUGCCCACCUGGCUCGUCACCGGCCGUCCACGAGGCUUCAAGCUGCGUCUUCCACUGCUGCGCUCCUUGUCCAACAGUAAAGUGUCUCUGGACGACGCAGAGGUCGGUCAGAUUCCCACCGCGACACCGGUGAACACCGACCACGAGAGUCACGAGUCGCUAGGCCUGGGGGAGUUCCUGCCUCUUCCACCUUUACCGCUAAACAACCAGGAGCAGACCAGUGGAAGCAGGCCAGCUCUACAGAGUUGGCCAGAAGACCGCCAGGAGGACCAGCGCACUUUACUGGCCCCUGACCCUCCUGUACCCCCUCCACCUCCUCCUCCACCUCCCCACAGAAGCCACCUGGCAGGUCCCCACACCCAGUCGUCACCCUGCGUAGCGCCUCACCACCGACUCAGCCUCAACCCCGACGGCUCGGGCUCCAACUGCUCCCUAUCUCACAGCCGCUCGCGGGAGAGCUUCCACAGCAUGCGGCGCGCCUCCUCCGUAGACGAGAUCGAGGCCAUGAGGCCAGACUGGGACCGGAAAAACCGCAGAGCGAGUGUCCGGCCAGGCAGCAGCAGCACUGGUGCAGUAAACAGUAAAUCCAACAUAUUGAACUCCACGUCGGACUCAGACCUCAUGCGGUACCGGGCUAUUUCCAAAAUCCCUCAGAUUACACUCAACUUUGUGGAUUUCAAACCGGACCCACUCAUCGCUCUGCCCUCCGGGGAGAUGGACAUCAUAGCUCCCUGCAAACUCAUCGACCGGACGCACCACGUCACAGAGAAAGUCACACAGGUGCUGUCUCUGGGUGCAGAUGUGCUGCCAGAGUACAAGCUCCAGGCUCCUCGCAUCCACAAGUGGACAGUGUUGCAUUACAGCCCCUUCAAGGCGGUGUGGGAUUGGCUCAUCCUGCUGCUGGUCAUCUACACCGCCAUCCUGACCCCCUACUCAGCCGCCUUCCUCCUAAACGACCAGGAAGAGGCGUCCAUGCAGAGUUGUAUAUACUCUUGUUCUCCUCUAAAUGUGGUGGAUCUCAUAGUGGAUAUCAUGUUCAUCAUUGACAUCCUCAUCAACUUCAGGACCACAUAUGUGAACGCUAAUGAUGAGGUGGUGAGCCACCCGGUGCGUAUCGCCGUCCACUAUUUCAAAGGCUGGUUCCUCAUCGACAUGGUGGCCGCUAUCCCCUUUGACCUGCUCAUCUACCGCAACGGAGAGGAGACCACCACUCUGAUCGGCCUGCUGAAAACCGCCCGUCUCCUGCGGUUGGUGCGUGUAGCCAGGAAGCUGGACCGCUACUCAGAGUACGGUGCGGCUGUCCUCUUCCUCCUCAUGUGCACCUUCGCCCUCAUCGCUCACUGGCUGGCCUGCAUCUGGUAUGCCAUCGGUAACGUGGAGAGGAACGGUUCCAUCGGCUGGCUCCACACGCUGGGGGACCAGCUGGGAAAGCACUACAACAGCUCCGUCCUAGGUUCAGGGCCGUCCAUUAAAGACAAGUACGUCACAGCUCUGUACUUCACCUUCAGCAGUCUGACCAGUGUGGGAUUUGGAAACGUGUCCCCAAACACCAACUCUGAGAAGAUCUUCUCCAUCUGUGUCAUGCUCAUAGGAUCCCUGAUGUACGCCAGCAUCUUUGGGAAUGUGUCCGCCAUCAUCCAGCGGCUCUACUCCGGCACCGCCCGUUACCACACCCAGAUGCUGAGAGUCAGGGAGUUCAUCCGGUUCCACCAGAUCCCCAACCCGCUCCGGCAGCGGCUGGAGGAGUACUUCCAGCACGCCUGGUCCUACACCAACGGCAUCGACAUGAACGCUGUGCUGAAAGGUUUCCCGGAGUGUCUCCAGGCGGAUAUCUGCCUCCAUCUGAACCGGACGCUGCUGCAGAACUGUAAGGCUUUUAAAGGCUCCACCAAGGGAUGCCUCAGGGCGCUGGCCAUGAAGUUCAAGACCACCCACGCUCCUCCGGGUGACACGCUGGUCCACGCCGGGGACGUCCUCACUGCCCUCUACUUCAUAUCCAGGGGAUCCAUAGAGAUACUGAGAGGAGACGUGGUAGUUGCCAUCUUGGGGAAGAAUGAUAUCUUUGGCGAGCCUAUCAACCUGUACUCCCGACCGGGUAAAUCCAACGCUGAUGUGAGGGCUCUGACCUACUGCGACCUCCAUAAAAUCUUCAGAGAAGAUGUUCUGGAGGUGCUGGACAUGUAUCCAGAGUUCGCAGACCACUUCUGGAACAACCUGGAAAUCACCUUCAACCUCAGAGAUACCAACAUGAUCCCAGGCUCACCAAGCAGUGAUGACUCCAACUGUGGGGGAUUCAACAAAUUACGCAGACGCAAGUUAUCAUUCAGAAGACGAACAGAAAAAGAUGAUGCAGAUGCUGGAGAAAUUAAAAAGUCCCAUAAGUCAGUGAGGCGAAGACAGAGGGAGACAGCCAACAACCAAAAACAGGAGGAGGCACCCAAGCGGCAAUGGGAGAAACAUCGAAGCUCAAUGUCUUCACACUCCAGUGGUGAUGAGGGGGAGGAGCCGAUUGUGACCAGACUCGCGCCUCCGCCGGCCAUGCUGGAGAACCCUCAGGCUCAGGCCAUGCCCAGGAACUUCAACGAGAACGCUGAGGGUGACGGAGACCCCAAGACUGGGAACACCUGCAACGCCCUGUCAGGUGCAUUCUCAGGUGUGUCCCACAUCUUUAGUUUCUGGGGGGAGAGUCGGGGGGGUGCUCAGUACCAGGAGGUUCCCAGCUGCAGCCUGACCUCCCCCCCGCCCCUCAACACGCCGCUGCACAGCCUGAGCCGACAGCAACGCAACCAGCUGGACACACGUCUGGACCUGCUGCAGAAACAGCUCAACAGGUUGGAGAAUCGCAUGUCAACAGACAUCGGAGCAAUCAUGCAGCUGCUGCAGAGACAGAUGGCCCUGGUUCCUCCUGCCUACAGUGCCGUCUCAUCACCACCUCAGGUCUCACCAUACCCUGGUCCCGGCCCAGGACCAGGUCCAGGAGAGACACUGGUCCAGCCUGUUACACCUCUGGAGUCAGAAACCCUGGCCUCCCUCUCACAGAUCUUGGAUUCCCAGGACUUUGAGGAGUUCCCACCCAAGCCUCUUGACUCCCUGCAGCCCCAGGACACCCCACUGAUCAACACCCCCAACCAGGGCCAGCUCGCCCCCUCUGGACUGGACAGCCUAGGGCAGCAUCUGGAGCUAGAGCUGGGACUGGGCUCUGGGGCUGGGGUCCUUUCUGGGCCAACUGUCGUUUCAGGUGUAGGAAUAGAUUUAGGAAUCAGAGCAGCAGUGGGGUCAAGCUUAGGAGCAGGCAUUGACUUCGGUUCAGGGGUAUGUAUGGGGGCCGGAGUUGGGCAAGCAGCUGGGACAGGGGUGUCUCCUAUGGAUCCUGAAGCCCAAAGGAGGCUGUCCCUCCAAGAAUCACAGACACCUCUGGACUCACGGACACCACAGAGACACAGCUCUGACCCAGGGGGGAGCUAAGGAAGAGGUAAAGGGGGAGGAGAGGGAGGGAUACAGAGAGAGAGAGAACAAGAGGGAGGUUUCAUCCUGCAGGCACCUACUGUACCUAGCACCAAAACCCUUUGGGGAACCCAGCUACUGUACCUUCACUGCUGAAUUCUCACCUCUGACCACUGAAGGAAGUCCACAGCUCAGACAGAGUAAAGCCAGGCAGGGGGGUCAAGGAAAGACCUCUCUCUGUUUCUCUCUUCUACGAGUCCCCCACCCCAACCCUGGAGCUUUCUGAACUCCACAACGGUACAACCUUUAACCAAAACCACAAACAGAGCAGAGAGGAGCUUUGCCACUUAAUGAACACAGUCCAGGUCGACCCAGACUGAUCCGGUCUGGACCUCUCAGUCAUCUGCUGAAUGAUGACACUUCACUUGCUUUUCUGUAGAAGAAUCCCUUUACUGCUGUGUCCAGUGUUGGAUGACUGACGAGAACAAGACAACGACGGACAGGAUGACGAAGAAACAAGUAGCCAUUUACGUCUUGCACUGAAAAUCCUAUUGAUAUAAUGAUUAUUCUAUUCUAUAUGUCCGUGGCGCUUCCGAAAAAACUCACAAACUGGUUGGUAAAUUGUAGUUGUUAGCUGGCCUAACAGGAAACCUGCUGUCAUUGGUUCCUUUCCCCCCUGAUGUCCUGGCCCCCCAAGAGGCGGAGCUAACGCUUCCCCCCUUCCCAAGAGCACACUGGAUUGGCUGGUUUGCACCUCAGGGGUGGGAACUGGAGGGUUAAAAGCCAUGAAUUUUUCUCGAUGAACAUAUCAGCUGCCCUAUCAUAAACAUUGUACAGAUUUGCUAGUGAGUGAAGAACAUAUGGGAUGCUUAGGCAGCGUCAUAAACAGGUAAACUGGCAAACUUACAAGUUUAGCAUGAGAAACGUGCACCAAAACAGCUAACUAUAAAUAAUGAAACAAGCAGGUAACUCCAGUUUACCAAUCCCACAAGCUUUGAUAUGUGACAUUAUAGAGAACUUAUGAUACUGGCUCUGCUUUUUAUUUCUAAAAAUCAAAGCACAUGCAUAAAGGUAAAAAGGUUGAGUGAUUCUAGUUGAUCAUAGUUGAAUUUGCUACCUCAGAUUUCAUUGGUCCUUACGUUUUUCACCUUAGCGAGCACCCAGAAUGCUUUCACCUUGUACAUACGAGUUUGUCAUGUGAUUCGUAAAUAAUACAAGUUUGCCAGUUUACAAUGACCAGCCGAAUGCGCCAUUAUUCUAUGUACAGUACAAUAUGCAAACACUGGCAAGAAGAGAUGAGUGAGUGUGCUUUAAUCUUAUUAUGCGUGCAGUAAGUUCAGGUCUGAACCUUUUAAAUGUAUUUUAAUGUUUGUCUUUGUUUGCAGAGCAUGGCAUAUAGUAUGUUUGCUUCCACACACUGUAGAGGGUCGCCUGAUUCUAAUGUUUAGGACACAUUUGUUUUUCUUUGACCCCUAAAACUGAUUUAAGUGGUUUGUUUAAGCAGGCAGAUGACAGAUUGUUUGUGUUUUGAAUUGAGACAGCACAAAUGAAAACCCUUUACAAUGAAACUUUAAAAAUAGGUUGACAAUUUUCCCCAGAUACACAUCUGAUCCUUAUCAUGUGAUGUUAUCAGGCCGCCAACACACUAACACACAUUCUCUGAGCUAUGAAGAUGCACAGGUGGUGAUUUUUUUCUCAACAGUACCACUCAGACAGUGAAAUAAGAAAUGCAGCAUGUGUAGAGAUGGUCAAGCUGGCAACAAAAACAAAGACCAAUCAGCUUGACACUGAACCUAAUAGAGCCUGGUUAAGUCUGACCAGCCAUCACUGGUGAUGUGCCAAUGAA